GCUUCCGGUUGGGACUGUGGAAACAACAUGGCAGCUGCCAUAGCGGCCUCGGCCUUGCCGGGCGCCUUCGGACGGCUGGUGUCUGUGUGUAGCCGUAGCAUCUUGGCAUCCCAGGGACCCGGACCAGCCUCCCUCUGGUCUGCUUCUCGAAGGUUCAAUUCACAGAGCGCUUCUUAUCCACAAGGAUAUGUUCCUAAGACCUCCCUGAGUUCACCACCCUGGCAAGAAGUGGUUCUGCCGGACCCUGUUGAAGAGACUAGACACCAUACAGAGGUUGUGAAGAAGGUGAAUGAGCUGAUUGCCACAGGCCAGUAUGGCCGGCUCUUUGCUGUCGUGCACUUUGCCAGCCACCAAUGGAAGGUGACCGCAGAGGACCUGAUUCUAAUUGAAAAUGAGUUGGAUAUCAAGUGUGGAGAGAGGAUUCGGCUGGAGAAGGUCCUGCUGGUUGGGGCAGACAACUUCACACUCCUGGGCAAGCCACUCCUUGGAAAGGAUCUCGUACGAGUUGAAGCCACAGUCAUUGAAAAGACAGAAUCAUGGCCCAAAAUCAACAUGAAAUUUAGGAAAAGGAAGAACUUCAGGAAGAAAAAAAACACAGACCCCUCAGGGAUAUUUAUGCCUCAGUGUAUGCCAAAGAGCAAUUCUCAGGAGUUGGGCCUACUUUGCACCUCAUUUAAGACAGUUUGUUCACUGCGUAAGCCAGGUCAGCUGACCAUGGAGCUCGCGGAGACUCUUCUGUCCCCACCUUGAAUUCCCUGUAGCUGUACUGGGAUUAAACAUGUGACUCUUACAUGGGUCUGGGGAUCUGAACUCUGUCUCCAGGCUUGUGCAGCAAGUGCUUUACCCACGGAGCCACCUCCAACCCAGCUUCGUGUAUUAUUUGUUGUUUGUCUGUGUGUAUGUCUGCAUAGGAGGACAGAGGUGUUACGGAUCCCCUAGAACAGUUGUGUCUGCCUGACACGGUACUGAGAAUGAACUCAGGUCCUCUAC